GGUUGCUCAAUUCCACACAACAAACGCGCCCUGAACCCGACUUCUCUCUCCCAAAAAUGCGCCAAACUCUUCGCCGGUCCUGUGCUGCAUGUGCCAAAUCCAAACACAGUUGCGACCUUGGCACACCGCGCUGUUCUCGCUGCAUUAAACGCAAAGUCCAUUGCGUCUAUGCGAACGUGCCCCUGACAGCGCCGCCGGCAGCUCCGGGCCGGGAGAAUGGCGGAUCAAUACGACCUCUCGAUGGAUCCGGCACUUUGACUGGCUACAGAUUCGGGUCUCUCGAUCCUUUUGAUUCGUACCCGCAGACGAGACUGCCCCGGGAACAUGUCCAACGUCUCAUCCACAGCUUUCUCCACAAGAUCGCUUUCCAAUACUACCCUCUCGACCUGAGCACAACCUCAAAUCCGUUUCUCAUCUCUUGGUGGCCACUUGCCCUGGGCGACCCAGCACUCUUUCACGUCUCACUGCAGACAGCAUGUCUUGAUGAGGAGUUGCUGGCCCAGAAGGGAUUUCAAAGCUCAGAACUACUCAUGGCCGACUCGGUGGCUUUACUCCGACGCAAAGUUGAAGACACGUCACUGGCUGUACAAGACGGGACUAUGAACUCUGUCAUCACCUUGGCAGCUAUCGAAUUUGGCAAGGGCAAUAUCAAGGUUAGCGAAAUGCAUAUCGACGGGGUGAAAAGACUGGUCACUAUGAGAGGUGGCAUCAAUUCAGUAAGGCAGACCAGCCCGCUUACCGCGAGAAUGGUCAGCUGGGUAUCCAUGCUCGUCAUGGGCCAUCCUCAAUUCGAGACCCAGAAUGACAUGGGCAUUGGAGAUGGCAUACCUCCCAUUCCGGAAUGGCAGUUGGGCUCGACCGCCCUUCACCGUGAUUUCUCCGAUCUAAGCAGCAUCAUUGAUGUCGACCAUGCAGUCCAAAAUGUCUUCAUCCGUCUCCGCAGCGUCUUCCAGCGGGCGCAACGGAUACCCUUUCCAACCACACGACUUCAUGACCUCACAUGUUUUGUCGUACACCGGCUCCUACUCUCAGCUUCGGACACGGCAAACGAUCAGUCUUCACCGAUCACCGAAUGCAUUCGCUACGCAAUCAUACUCUACAUGUUCAUCGUUCACGGGACAACGUAUUACUCGCACACAGUCAUAUUGAAUACGAUUGUCACCCGGUUUAUGGAGCAUCUCAAGCGUCUCGAAUCCACACCUCGUGUGUACGAUUCACUUAAUGUCUGGCUUCUUGGAAUCGGAAUGGUGUCCUCGACUGGCACAAUCCAUUACCAGUGGUUUAAGGAGAGAGCACGGGAUAUGGCUGCUUCUCUGCAGCUGAGUAAUUGGAACGAUGCACUUAUCUGCGUCAAGAGCGUCCUGUGGUUGGAGACAUUGCAGGGCGAAGAUAUCUUUCGAUCUCACUGGGACGCUAUUCUUAGUGCCCCGAGUCAACCAGAGCCGCUAGACUUUCCCGUGGGUAUCUCACCAAACGGCGGCUCUACUAGCAUAGGAUUUCUAUAAUAUGAUUGCAACUGCAGUAGUAGUUUGGUUAAUUGUUGUAUUCUAACAAAUAAUAGCUAGCCUGCUUACUUAACAAGGCAAUAAUGCUCGGGUCUUCUCCACAAACAUGACGUUUGGGAGGUCAGAAUUACGGCAUGCAU